CCCUACUUGCAGGGAGGGUCUCAUAUCAAAACAGCUCUGUGAACCAGCCCUGUGGAAAGCAGCCAAAGAGUUCAACGACAAAAACAGAUGAGAGGCAACUCCUUUUGGACAACCUCAUGUAAACCUGCAUAUCUUCAAAAAAAAAAAAAAAAAACAACAACACAAGAGUUUUAUCCCAAACUUUAGCAUGUCUGGAGGCAGCUUUGUCUUCACAUCCACAGCCUUGCGUUCUCUUGAACAUGACAAGGACAUGCUGGAGAGGUACAAGUACAAGACCCGGCUUGCCGCUCGGCACCUCGGCAGCUACACGCUGAAGAAGGAGGCAAUGGACAGAGCGCAAUGGAGGUCCGCCAUUGCCCGGCGACCAGCUGUCUGCCAAGAUGUGGUCGUCCACAAUGCUCUAUAUACGGGAGAUGUGGAGGCUUUGAAGCGUUUCUUUCCAAGAGGAUCCACGGCGAAUCUUGUCAUAGAGCCACAGGGAGGGGAGAUGCGCUGGGUGGCCCGGGAAAAAGGACUGUGGUCUCUGACUUAUGAGCAAGAGCUGACGACGCCACUUCACAUCACAGCCGGGCGAGGGUUUGCAGACUGCCUGAGCCUCCUGCUUCAACGCGACGCAAACGUAGACCUGGCUCCUGGAGGCAACACUGCCCUGCAUGAGGCCUGUGAGAGCUGCCAGGCAUAGUGCGCCAAGUUGCUGCUGAUCUACGGAGCGAACGCAAACGCUGUCUCAGAAGACGGGCUCAUGCCCCUGCACGUUUGCACAAGUCCUGAAUCUCUUGAAUGUGCCAAGUAUCUCCUUCAGUAUGGCGCCACGGUUAACGGCCGCACACAAGACGAAGACGACACGCCGUUACACGUCGCAGCCAGGAACGGCCUCCAGGACCACGUCGAGCUCUACCUGCGCCACGGGGCGGCCGUGGACAAGCAGAACGGCGAGGGUCUCUCACCCCUGAAUGCAGCCUGUGCACACCCUCAGGAGGCGAGGGACCUCGGGCGUUACCUGAAGGUGUGCCGGAUGCUGCUGGAUGCGGGUGCUGACGUCCACACUAAGGACCAGGACAGACACACACCUUUACACAUGGCGUGUAAGAACGCAAAUCCAGACGUAGUGGAUCUGCUGCUGGCCAAGGGGGCCAGUGUUAACGAUAUGGACUACGGUGGCGAAGCUCCCAUGCAUAACAUCCUGAAGGCGGUGAGCUACAAGCUCUCCCAUCAUCCCGAGAGGAUUGUCCGUGCGCUGCUCAACCACGGCUCUAUUCGGGUCUGGCCUGGCGCUCUCCCUGUGGUGUUGAAGCACUGCUCAGAAUCUCCGCACACCAUCGAGGUUCUCCUGAACGCCUACAGCCACCUGAAGGUCACAGACACGUGGGUUGAGUCUGUGCCUGAAGAUGCAUUUAAGGAGCACAAAGACUUCUAUGAGUCCAUCUUCUCCUUAGCAAUGACUCCUCGUUCGCUGCAGCACUUGGCGCGGUGCAGACUACGGAAAUUCCUGGAGGGCCGAGUUCACAGAGUGGUCCCAAAGCUUGGUCUGCCCACCUUCAUUAAGGACUAUCUGCUCCUCGAGUGCAGAGGAUAUGUGCACUGAGUGAAUGCUGUUGUGUUAGUGUGAGUCCCCUGGUGACUAGAUGGUUCUUCUGUUUACAUUUUGGGAUGAAGCUUUAGUGAAUCAUGACUAGUUAGAGCUUGUUCUGUAGGAAGCAGCUGCUGCUUUUUUUGGUAUUUAUUUAUUUUUUUGCAAUCACGUCACAAUCAACGGUUUCAGCACACUGAUGGGUUUUUUCACACCACAAGAGGGAGCUAUAGACUAGAACUGAUAAAGUAAGAGAACAUAUAUGUAAUGUUACGUUUUAUAUUUUGUUUGCUUACAUUUAUUUAUCUUUUUUUGCAUUUCAGAUAAAGAUAUAUAACUUGUUUGUGGAUUUUUAUAAACCGUACCAAUAAAUUAGGCUUGAACCACUGAGGAUUUCUAUAAACAUUUGUGUCAUUGCUGUUUAAUAUGAAAUGUUGUGAUCGAGGGAUUUAUGUCCAAAUUAGGCUUCAGAUAAAAUUAAAAUAAUUCCACAAUGA